AUAUGUACAUAUAAUACUUUUGCAAAAAAAAUAAAUCAAAGGAGUUUGUAAACAAAUGUUGUAAAAAUGCAACUGUAAAAAUUUCUCAUUACCACUUGUAGUAAUGAAAUUCUAGUUAUUUCAAUUUACUUAUAGUUCACUUAUAUGGCUUUGGGUUUCAUUAGCUAUGUCAACUAUUCAAAAUCGUUGAUACAUGUUAGAUUUUUUUUAUUCACAACUGAACGCGUAUAUUUCAUGCUCAAUAGCCAAAAUAUAUUUCGCUAUUGUGUGUUACAAUAAUGUUGUGUACAUGAAAUCGAUUUGAGUUUGACAUUAGUUGACAGGCAUUAAUACAUUUAUUAAUUUGUAAUUUUCAAUAUUUCAAUCCGCGUAAAUCGCUGCGUAGAUUGUCAAGUCAAACCAAUAAUUUAAUCGGAUCUUUCUUUUUGAAGUCGGCUUCAAGCUACAUAAAAAUGCAGUAAUUGAUAAUGAAACAAACUAUUUUUGAAAACAAUAAUUCAAUCGCCCAGAAAUGAUUGCUGCAUCCUAUUGAAUGAGACAGAUUUUUUGUAUAUUGAUAUCUUGACAUAACAAAAAUAUCAGUCGUGAUUAAUAUACAAAUUACAACAUUCCGUCAUUUCAACAGUAGUAGAUUACAUUAUAUUAAAAAGGCAAUGGCAUCUUCUUGUUUACUUAGAAGAUCUUUAAGAAAUAAAACAAACUAUAAAUCGCCCAUUGGAAAAAAUAAGGCAGUGGUUAAAUCAAUAAAAAAGAAAGUCAGUGAAACAAAGCAAACUAAAGAUGAAAUGAAAUUCUUAUAUUGCCGUUGGGACAGAAAUUGUUCGGAAAAAUUCACUAGUAAUAAAAAAUUCCAUGAUCAUGUGGAGGGUCAUAUAAAUGAAGCUCAACCCAAAUCAUCUAAGUAUAAAUGUAGCUGGAAAUUUUGCAAUAAUUUUUAUACGAAUUGUAAAGAUGAAUUCACUCGUCAUUGUUUUUAUCACGUUUAUUUGGAGAUUUUAUUGCGUGUAGGAACUUUUACAAAGAAUGAUUUGAAUUUACCGGAUUGCUUAAAUAACAAAGAAAAAAAAUAUUUAGUGCCAGAUAUUAAACAAAAUUACACCUGCCAAUGGGUAGACUGCACAUACAGUUUUUACUCUAUCAUAUUGUUCCAUAAUCAUGUUCGAGAACAUUGCGAAUUUGAGUUUAAAUUUUAUGAUCGCAGUCGGAAAAACAAAACACUGGUAAAGUGUGGUUGGGAGAUUUGUAAAUUAAAAUUUAAAAAUUUAUACAGGUUUAAGGAACAUGCGAUGAAGCAUAGUAAUGAAAGAAUCUUAGCUUGUCCAGAUUGUGGUCAACAUUUAAGAACAAAAACAAAUUAUCAAGAUCAUUGUAACAGGCAGUUAGCCAAUAAUUCUCAAGAAUUCCAAUGCGAACAAUGUUUUAAAUUUUUUUCAAAUGAAAGACUUUUUCGGAUACACUUUAACAAGCAUGUCAAUAUUUUAAAGUGUUACUUGUGCGAUAUGACUUGUAGUUCCUCAAGAGCUCUAACACUUCACAUUAGUUGCAGGCAUUUAAAAGAAAAGCCAUAUAAGUGCAUUCAAUGUGAUUACAAAUCAGCGAUGAAAAAUGAUAUACGAAAACAUAUGGAAAGUGUUCAUGAAAAUAUUAUACACGAAUGUCCAAAAUUAGGUUGUAGUUAUUCAACAAAAUCAAAAUAUAAACUACAAAAGCACCAUUCACAAAUUCAUGAAAAUAUACCUAUUCGCUGUUACGCGUGCCACUGUUGUGAUAAAGUUUACAAGAGUGGAAACAUAUUGUCACAACACCUGAUUAAAGUGCAUUCCUUUCAAUUACCAUCAGGUCAUAAACGAUUUAGAUAUACUAUGGACGAAAAUGGAAUGUUUCGGUUACAGUUAACUAGGAUUGAAAGCUUAGAAGUUCAACAAAUGCUUUCUCCUGCAACUAAUUCAAGCAAAAAUAAUUCUGAUCAAGAGUGCAAAAUUGCUUAUAACAGAAAUAUUUUUCAGUAUGAAAUUGAUGACAGUGUUAUGGUUGUAAAAUAUUAAGAAAAACAAAUAUGUCCUGCAGAUCUCGACUUGCUAUGCUGAAUGAAAAACUGACAACUUUGGAAAGAAGAAUUGACUAUCUUGAAGCUUGUGUAACACAAGGCGAAACAUUAACAUAAACGACAUUACUUUUGAUUUUAAAAAUUUGCUUUUAAUAUGACUACAAAAAUUUAAAAAUUAAUGUUUAAGUUGAAAAUAGAAAAUAAAACAUAACAUCUAAUGUAAUUCGAAA